AUGGACGCCCUCCUUACGCCGGUGACGUACGGCGCGAUCGCGUUCAGCGCAAUGUGCUACGCCUUCUUCGCGCGCGCCAACCAAGCGCCGUCGCUCUACCACCAAACGAACCUCGCCAACACGCAGCUGCUGCAGAAAACCUCACUGCUUUUUGAAAAGUAUCGGCCGUCGUGGUUCCUCCUCAACGGGCACCUCCAAACCUUCCUCGUCGCGCUCGGCUGCGACACGCCGCGCGUGCACUACACGCGUGAAAUUCGCCCGCUCUCGGACGGCGGCAUCGUGUCGCUCGACUGGGCGACGCAUCCUGCGGGUGCCCCGUACGCCAAGGACCACCCGACUGUGCUGCUUUUGCAUGGGUUGACGGGCGGCAGCAACGAGGUGUACAUUCGCGCGACCGCCGUCAAGCUCCUUGCGGCGGGCUGGCGCGUCGUCGUUAUGAACGCGCGGGGCUGCGCGCAGACCCCCGUGCGCACGCCCAAGCUCUUUUGCGGUGCGUACACGCAAGACGUGCGCGAGACGGUGCAGUAUUUGCGCCAAGUGCACGUGCCGACGGCGCCGCUACUCGCCGGCGGCUUCUCACUGGGCGCCAACAUUUUGCUCAAGUUUGUGGGCGAAGAAGGCGACAAGUGCCAACUCUCGGGCGCUGUCUCGGUCGGCAACCCUUACGACAUGCUCGCUUCGAACCGGAACCUCGAGUACUCGUGGCUUCACAAUGUCAUUUACAGCACGGCGCUCACCAACAACCUCCUCACCCUCUUCUUCAAGAAGUCGAACGCCCACGAGCACUAUGUGAACGACCCGCAUAUCGACCUCGCGGCAUUGCGAGCCUCGAAAACGGCGGCCGAGUUUGAUGAGCGGCUCACACGUCGCGUCUUUGGGUACGCGACCGCGAGUGACUACUACCGUGACGCAUCGAGCAGUCAGUCAUAG